UCGUGAAGCCACCACGUUUUCCCUCCGCCUUAACUGCUUCGCUCCUCCUUCCGCACUGGCCCCUCUCUCCCUCCCCGCACUGGCCUCUCUCUCCUCUCCUCUCCCACCCUUCCUCCAUCGCCGGCGUGCACGCAGCAAGACUCCUCCCGGCGGCAGCCCACGCCGGAAUUGAGGGCCGAUCGAUCGAGUCCUAGCUCCGGCCAUCUUGUCUCGGCGUCGCUCCGCCGGGUUCGGGGAGAUGGAUGUGGAGGGCGGCGGCCUGCCGGCGGUGCAGUCGACGGCGAGGAGGACGAGCUCAUCAUGGGGACUUCAGAAAGCUACGCUUUUACUGGCAUACCAGAGCUUCGGGGUCGUGUAUGGCGACCUCUGCAUCUCACCUGUCUAUGUGUACAAGAACACCUUUUCUGGCAAGCUGCGUCUGCAUGAGGAGGACGAGGAGAUCCUUGGGGUGCUGUCUCUCGUCUUCUGGAGCCUCACUCUCAUACCCCUCCUCAAGUACAUCAUCCUUGUUCUUGGAGCAGAUGACAAUGGAGAAGGUGGGACAUUUGCAUUGUACUCGUUAAUGUGCAGGCGCUCCAGGAUGGGGCUCCUGAACAACAUACAUCAGGGACCUUUAUCAGCAUACAGCCAGAAGGAACCUCGUGAAGAGCUAAAGAGCAGUUUGGCUAUAAAAGGUUUCUUCGAGAAGCAUUUCUCGCUUCGCAUUGUGCUGCUGCUGUUCGUCCUGAUGGGUACUAGUAUGGUUAUUGGGGACGGUGUCUUCACCCCAACAAUGUCAGUUCUAUCAGCGGUUUCUGGCCUCAGAAUUAAGUUUCCAGAACUACAUGAAAAUUACACUGUGCUUUUUGCAUGUUUUGUUUUAAUUGGCCUUUUUGCACUGCAACACUGCGGAACACACCGUGUUGGGUUCCUAUUUGCUCCAAUUUUGCUUGCUUGGCUCGCUUGCAUUGGUGGUAUUGGUAUAUACAACAUUUUCAAGUGGAACCCUAGUGUCAUCCGUGCUCUGUCCCCGUACUACAUAUACAACUUCUUCAGGAAGGCCGGCAGGGACGGCUGGAGCUCACUUGGAGGAAUUGUUCUUUGCAUCACAGGUGCUGAGGCAAUGUUUGCUGAUCUUGGGCAUUUCUCAAAGCUUUCACUAAGGCUUGGAUUCACAAUAGUUGUGUAUCCAUGUUUAGUCCUGGCUUACAUGGGUGAGGCUGCUUAUCUAUCUAAACAUAGGGAGGAUCUCCAAAGUAGCUUUUACAAAGCUCUACCAGACACAGUGUUUUGGCCUGUUCUGAUCAUCGCUACACUAGCCACAGUUGUUGGGAGCCAAGCCAUCAUCUCAGCUACGUUUUCGAUCAUAAGCCAGUGCAGGGCCUUGGGGUGCUUCCCGCGGAUUAAGGUCGUGCACACAUCAAGCCAAGUCCACGGCCAGAUCUACAUACCGGAGGUGAACUGGGUUCUCAUGUUCUUGUGCCUGGCCGUCACGGUCGGAUUCCGCGAUACCGAAAUGAUUGGAAACGCCUAUGGUCUUUCUGUGAUCCUGGUGAUGUUUGCAACCACAUGCCUGAUGUUCCUCGUCAUCACCACCGUGUGGAAUCGGAAUGUCCUACUGGCAGGGCUCUUCACCCUCGGCUUCGGAUCCAUCGAGCUCACGUACCUGUCGGCGUGCCUCGCCAAGGUCCCCCAUGGCGGCUGGCUCCCCCUGCUGCUGUCGCUGGUCACGCUCCUGACCAUGUCGACGUGGCACUACGGCACGAAGAAGAAGGAGGAGUACGAGCUCCAGAACAAGGUCUGCCUGGACCGGUUCCUCAGCCUGAGCUCCGGCAUGGGCCUCGUGCGCGUCCCGGGCGUCGGCUUCAUCUACUCCAGCGCCGUCAACGGCGUGCCCCCCAUGUUCGCGCACUUCGUCACCAACUUCCCGGCGUUCCACCGGGUGCUCAUCUUCGUGUCGAUCCAGACGCUGACGGUGCCCAAGGUCUCGCCGGACGAGCGCUUUCUGGUCGGGCGGGUUGGCCCGCCGGCCAACCGGCUGUUCCGGUGCGUGGUUCGGUACGGCUACAAGGAAGGGCGGUGGGACCACUUCAACUUCGAGAACCAGCUGCUGAUGAAGGUGGUGGAGUUCCUCCAGCUGCAGCCGCAGGAGGACGCCGCCGAGCCGCCGUCCGACUCCGGCGAGCUGUCGGUGAUCCCCGCGUCGCCGCGCACGCAUCACCAGCUGGCCGACGCGGGCACGGCGUCGUCGGCGUCGUACAGCGGCGGCUCGUCCUGCGAGAUCGACGCCGGCGUGAUGAGCAGGAGGGUCCGGUUCGAGGAGCCGUGGUCCGGCGGCGAGGAGGGGGAUGCGGCGGCGGAGAGGAACGGCGAGGUGAAGACGCUGAUGGAGGAGCGGGAGUCCGGUGUGUCGUACAUGAUCGGGCACACCUGCGUGGAGGCCCACGAGUCGUCCCCCGCGGUGAAGAAGUUCGCCAUCAACGUCGUGUACGGCUUCCUACGGCGCAACUCGCGGAGGCCCGCCGCUGAGCUCGGCGUCCCGCACACCUCCCUCAUCGAGGUGGGCAUGACGUACAGGGUGUGAGCGAGCGACUGACCGGCACCUCGGCGGCCUCGCCGGUGAGCGCUAGGGUAGUUGCUGGAACCUGAAAACCGUAGCUGCAGACAGUAGCUUGUAGAGGUAGCGUGUGUGGAAGAAUGAAGAAGAAGAACCGAACUGGCAGCCGGACAACUGGACCUGGUACUCGCAGUCGCCGAUCGAGCUGAAAUGAAUUAACAACUUGGUUCUUACU